CGAACAUGUCCUUCGUUGAAGUUCACAAAGAGCUGGCUUACGGGUUCGAAAUUUCAUGGCUGAAUCUGUACUGCGAAAGAUGCGAAUCCAAGCAGUGCUUAUUCAAUGAAAGUGAAAACCGGAUUCAUUGCUUUGAGGAUAUGCCGGGUUAUUUGAAGGAAGUUUGCUACCUCAGUCCCUCUCUUUUCAUACAUGUAGCGCAGUGCUCCUUCUAUAAUGGUUCCAACCUUGGUCAAUCCGGUUUGAGCUUCCUGUUUAGCAGGCUGGAGGCUGUGAAAGAAAACUAUAGGAAAAUCGGUGAGGCAUUAGGGAAAAGAAAUGGGAAGGGGAAGAAUCUGCUCAUGCUGCUUCUUGGUGCUUGUACUAGUGAUUAAUAAGUGAUAUGUUAAUUAGACUGAAUAUGAAAAUACAGAUAGAGGAGGAAUUGUGCAUGUGGUGUUGCCCUUCCAUUUCUAGUUUGUGAUUACUGAUUUAGUUUGAGUUUCCAUUUCUAGUUGAGUGAUUUUACUGGGUUUGUCGAAAGUGAAUAGGUGAACCGAAGAAGAAUAAACUACUUUUUUUUUUUUUUGAGAUUUUAAUAAUUAAAAGUUAUUAGGAUAACAUUUUAUUAAUUAUGUGGGCUCUAUAUACUAACAGUUAAUGAAAAUUAAUAGAAUCAGUUAAAUUAGGGUCAAAUUGAAUCAAAAUGAAACUAAAAGAUCUAAUUAGACUAAAAUUUUGUUUGUGGAUAGAAUUAUGCUUUCUUUAAAAGUUGAGCAGCCAGAGUAAUCUUUUCCCCUAAGAAACAAAUUGGUAUAUAAACGAGAAUAAAUGGUUAGGUAUUAACAUUUAUGGUUCCUAUACAUAACAGAUUUUGACUCGAUCAGAAUUUUGACUCUAAUUCAAAAUUAUUUCUAUAUCUAGAAAUUACUCAUUAUGGAGAAAUUAUAUAUAUAUACACAUCUUGCAAUGAAGCUUUCUGCUCUAGUUAUAUCAAGUUAUAUUAUAUUUCUUGAUGCUGAUUUUUAUUGUUCAUGUGUUUAAUGAAGCGUCUAUCUCACACGGCCUAUCCUACAAAAUUAAAAGGUCAUUGCCAGCUAUACUUGCUUAUCUUGGACUGUUUAUUGCCACAAGAACAUUAUGUGGAACUCCAUUUGUAGUUGUGUUUUUGGUCUAUAAAUGGCGAAGGAGGCAUUUAUCGGGAUAUGAAACAAUUGAAGAAUUUCUACAAAAUCAACAGAAUAUGAAACCAAUAAGAUAUUCAUACUCAGACAUUAAGAAAAUGACAGGAGGCUUUAAGGAAAAGUUGGGUGAAGGAGGUUUUGGUUGUGUGUAUAAAGGAAAACUUCGCAGUGGCCAUAUUGCAGCAGUAAAGAUGUUGAGCAAGUCUAAAACUGAUGGACAAGAUUUUAUUAAUGAAGUUGCUACAAUUGGAAGGAUUCACCAUACAAAUGUUGUUCAACUAAUUGGCUUUUGUGCUGAGGGAUCAAAGUAUGCUCUUAUAUAUGAUUUCAUGCCUAAUGGAUCUCUUGAUAAGUAUUUAUCUUCUCGUGAAGGAUCUAUAUCCUUAAGUUGGGAUAAAUUAUAUGAAAUUUCGCUUGGAGUGGCUCGUGGCAUUGGAUAUUUACAUCGAGGUUGUGACAUGCAAAUCCUACAUUUUGAUAUCAAGCCACAUAAUAUUCUUCUUGAUGAGAAUUUCAUCCCAAAGAUUUCUGACUUUGGGCUUGCAAAAUUAUAUGCAACAAAUGAUAGCAUUAACACUCUCACUGCAGCAAGAGGAACAAUAGGAUACAUGGCACCCGAGUUAUUCUAUAGAAACAUUGGACGUGUGUCACACAAAGCUGAUGUUUAUAGCUUUGGAAUGUUGUUGCUAGAAAUGGCAGGUAAGAGGAAGAAUUUGAAUGCAUUGAUAGAAAACUCAAGCGAAACUUAUUUUCCAUUUUGGGUUUAUGAUGAGGUCUCUAGUUCAAAGGUUGUAGAAAUAAGUGAUGACAUGGAGGAGAUAACUAAAAUAGCUAAGUUGAUGGUUGUGGUAGGCCUGUGGUGUAUACAAAUGAGACCGAAUGAUCGUCCACCAAUGAACAAAGUCAUAGAGAUGCUUGAAGGAGAUCUUGAAGGUCUACAAUUGCCUUCAAGGCUUUCUCUAUGUCCACAAGAAAGUAUAUUGGAAGAUGGAGAAGAGUCCCCAUCCAUGUCAAUUGACUUUUCAGAAUCAUCUAGUUUGAUUGAAAAUGCAUCUUAAAAUUAUUUGAGGGAGUUAUUGUACUUGGCAAAUUAACGGACCAUCAGAACUCAGAGAAGUAACUAUUUAAACCGAAAUGAACCAAUUAACCCAGUGCUUUCUGCUUAGUAAUAUUUUUCUCAUGCUUGUCUAUGGAACUACUGGACGAUCCUUUGCUAUAUGAUUGCUAUAUGAUUACUACUUGAUUGAUUAUUACA